GGCACAUCUUGGGGGGUGGUCUGUUCCCGGAACCAAGUGUGUAAGGCGCGUGCUCCUAGCCGGAAGGCGCAGCGGAGCUCGGCGCAGAGAAGUUCGAUCCCUCCCAAUCCCGCUAUGGAGGGACAGGGCGUCCCCAGCCGCCUGCCUUUGCCACUCUGAUCUUGAUGUCCCGUUUAGCUCAGCUUUGUGGAGACUACACAGUGAUACAUUGCAUUGUGGUCUCCUGCGGUUUGCCGGCUGCUUCCCCUUUUCCAGAGUUUUUGAGAUAAGGUCUCCUUAUGUGGUUCAGGCUGGCGUUGCACUAACUCACUAUAUAGACCAGGUUGGUCUCCAACUCGAUCCUCCUGCCUCAGCCUCCUUGGUGUUGAGAGGCCACGGGUGUGCCACCACAGCGGCUAGGCUUAAGCGCUUGAAAAUGUUCUAAAGGAAAACAAGAACAUUAGAAAUGCCAAUGUCCCUAGAAAGGCUCAGGGAUACUUGUAUUCAUUAAAUGGUUCAGGGCAUGAUUUGAAAAAUGGAGUGUUCAGUUUCAUAUUUGGACAGACUCACAGAAGAGGCUGAACAAACCUGCCCCCCGUUGCAGCUCCUGGAUUGUCCUCAGGGCAGAGCUGACAGCUUCUUUGCACUCCCUAAGUGCUCUGGAUGACCCUUGGAGAUGAGUGAACUGCAGGGACUACAUCUUGACCCCAGAAUUGCUAUCUGCCAGCCACCCAAGAAAAGAUGAGAAGAUACAGAAACGAUUGUUGAUUGUGCUAACAGACCAGUGUGAAGUAGACAGUGUAAUCACUUGUGUGCUUUGAAGAAAAGCCUCAUGUUUGUUACAUUCUCUGCUUCCAGUCUGAGCUUCUGUUUUGGUUUUGGGAAGUGAGUUCACAGUUAAAGACGUAGGACCAAGACCUACUGAGAUCAUCUAUGAGUCAAGAAAACAGAAAUUAUGAGCAGAAGAUCUCAAAUCCACAUUUUUUGGGGUGCUCCAGUUGGUCCCCUGAAAAUGACAGGAUCACAGGGAACAGCUUCUUCAGUGUCCACAGCUGACCGCUGGGGUAAAAUCCAGCUAUUGUACCAUCAACAUGCUUUACACGAGAAGGAAGAAAGCCGCAAGCCUGAAAACCUGAGAGACUUCGUGGUCCCGGAAGCGGUGGGUGUUCCAGGUCUUGUGAGCUCUGUUCAGAGCAGCUGUGGCUUUCCACAUUCUCUUUCUGAAACACAGGAUGGAAAACCCCAGAAGAAUCUCUCAGGCCCGAGUGCUGUGCCUGCCUCUAGUGUGCAAAUCAGAGGAUGCAAGGGCACAGCCCAGCAUUUAUCUAAAGAAGAAAAACAUCAAAAUCUUCCAUGUGAAAAUAAAACCACAGGUGAACAGCCUGAAAAUCAGUCAGAUACAUGCAGUCAAAACUUUCAAACAGAUUCCUUUCAUUUAGGCCCCAAAUAUGCAGCUAUGUUGGAUUUGGUCUCUAGUACUAGACACAGCAGUACAGGCCCUGAAGCUAUCGAGACAAAAUGUGUGCAGACAGAACACCAGGAAAUACAAAGCCAGAAUCCAGAGUUCUCUGAUGCAGUAGAGGAGCCGGGGCCUAUGGGAGCAAUGAGGAGGGGCCCUGGCCCUGACAUCUCUGCAGACACUGAAUUUCUCAGCAUCAUGACGUGCAGCCAGGUUGCUUUCUUAGCUCAAAGAAAGGAGAAAGGGCACAUGGAGACUGAACCAAAGGUAGGUUCUGGGGAAGUAAGAAUGACUGCAGAUAAUUUGAGUCAGCCUCAUGUAGAUUUUGUGCAACGAUAUGAAAGUGGACAAAACCAAGCACAUUCUCUAGAACUUUUUAGUCCUGUCCACCCAGAAACAGAAAGCCACAUCCAGAUUAACCCUGGGCACAGUCUGGAGGGAAAUGCAGGAUCUCAAGAGCUGUUCAGCUGUGAAGAUGAGCUGCCACCCAGUGAAUUACAUAUUGAAUUGUGUGGCAUGGGAAUACUGUGCUCCCAACUAAACGCUGUCCACCGAACUCAUGUUGGAAGAAGUCAGACUUCCAAAGAUAACUUGGGCCAUUCUAAAGCUCUCUCUGAAGUCCCUCUGGCCUUUAAGAAAAUGAAAUUGUGUUCUAAUGCAAGAGAUUCUGCCAGAGCAAGGUACCAGAAGAAUGUUUCCGAAUUUAAGGGUACUAAAAAACUGUCAUUAAUAAAAAAUUGUGAUUCUAAAAGCCACAAGUAUAAUUGUUUAGUUAUGGUGCUAACUCCAUGUCAUGUGAAAGAAGUAAACAUAAAAUCUGGACCAAAUUCUGGCUCUAAGGUGCCUUUAGCAACAAUUACAGUCGUUGAUCAAUCAGAAGUGAAGAAGAAGGUGGUUCUGUGGAGGACUGCGGCAUUCUGGGCACUCACCGUGUUUCUUGGAGAUAUAAUCUUACUCACAGACGUUACUAUUCGUGAGGAUCAAUGGGUUGGUGAGACAGUACUUCAAUCAACAUUUACCAGUCACUUAUUAAAUCUUGGGAGUUAUCCUUCUGUCCAGCCUGAAGAAUAUUCCAAUAUAGUUAGCGCUGUUGUACUUCAGGACCUACUGGCAUAUGUGUCUUCGAAACAUUCCUAUCUCAAAGGUCUUCCACAGAGGCGGCCUCAGAGAGUGAGCAGGAUAGAGUUUGUAGAACUGGAGCAGCUGCAGCCAGAUACAUUAGUCCAUGCCAUGCUGAGAGUUGUGGAUGUCACGGUACUGACGGAGGCAUCAUACAGUUACAGAGGACAGAAGCAAAGGAAAGUUAUGUUAACAGUGGAACAGACCCAAGGUCAACGUUACAUGCUUGUGUUAUGGGGUCCUGGAGCAGCUUGGUACCCUCAGCUUCAAAGGAAAAUAGGUUAUAUUUGGGAAUUUAAAUAUCUUUUUGUUCAGUGCAAUUGCACACUAGAGAGCUUGGAAUUGCAUACAACACCCUGGUCAUCUUCUGAGUGCCUGUUCGAUGAUGAUGUAAGGGCAAUUGCAUUUAAAUCAAAAUUUCAAGGAAGUACAUCAUCCUGUGUCAAAAUGUCAGACUUAGCAACCCACCUAAAGGAUAAGUAUUCAGGAGUGGUUCUGAUUAAAGCCCGGAUUGUGGAGCUGGUGUUUCUGGUUGGAGCGGCUCAGGAGUUCAGUCUGACUGCUCACAGCUCUCUGGAGUGCAUCCUGUCCUUGCUUCCCAACAUUAUCUACACAGGCUGUGCAGGCUGUGGAUCGGAACUGGACACUGAUGAGAACAAGAUCUACAGACAGUGUCUUAGCUGCUUGCCACUUUCUGGGAAGAAAAUAUACUACAGGCCGGCUUUAAUGACUGUAGUUGAUGGAAGCCAUUCUGUUUGCAUCCGUGUAGGCUCCAAGCUGGUAGAGAAGAUUCUCCUCCACAUUCCUCCGGACUUCCUGCACAGAGUGAUAGUGCCGUCCUCAGAGGUCACCUAUGGAAUGGUGGCCGCAGACCUGCUCCAUUCCCUGCUGGCGGCCGGUGUGGAGCCCCAAGUGCUGAAGAUUGAGAGUCUUUUUGUGUUGGAUGAGAACAGCUACCCACUGCAGCAGGAUUUCUCCCUGUUGGACUUCUGCCCAGCUGGGCCCUGCCCUGAGGCCUUGUCCCAGAGAGAAGGUGCUGACUGAGAUAAACUAGUGAGGGGAAUUUGUGCUUACUAAAUAAAUGUAUUUUUC